AGAGAGAGAGAGAGAGAGAGAGAGAGAGAGAGAGAGAGAGAGGAAGGAGUAUUAUUUGAGAACAUAAAAAUGGAGGUACAGCAAGUUCUACACAUGAAUGGAGGAGUUGGGAAAACAAGCUAUGCAAACAAUUCCCUACUUCAAAGAGCAGUGAUUUCAACGGUGAAGCCUAUAGUUGAUGCAAGCAUAGAGGAGCUGUGUUGCACUCUGUUCCCAGAGUGUUUGAAAAUAGCGGACUUGGGAUGCUCUUCAGGACCCAACACCCUUUUGGUGGUAUCAGAUAUCAUAGACAACAUCCGCAACACUUUCCAAAAGCUCAACCGCCCACCUCCAUCACUCCAAGCCUUCUUGAAUGAUCUUCCCCGAAACGAUUUCAACACGGUGUUCAGGUCAUUGCCAGGCUUCUAUAAGAAACUUGAUGAAGAACCCGAAAAGAAGCUUGGGCCAUGUUUCAUUGCAGGAAUGCCUGGCUCUUUCUAUGGCAGGCUCUUCCCCGACAAUUCUCUCCACUUUGUUCACUCUUCUUAUGCUCUCAUGUGGAUCUCUGAGGUUCCAAAAGGCUUGGUGACCAAAGAAGGAGAGGCACUUAACAAGGGGAACAUAUAUAUAGCAAAGACAAGCCCUCCAGCUGUGUUUAAGCAAUACUUGGAGCAAUUCAAAAGGGACUUCACAGUCUUUCUGAGGUCACGUGCCGAAGAGCUCGUCCCUGGGGGCAGUAUGGUCCUCACAACCAUGGGCAGCAUAAAGAGUGACGAUCCCCUCUGCAUUUGGGAAUUUGUAGGAAUGAAGCUCAAUGACAUGGUUUUAGAGGGUUUGAUUGAAGAGGAAAAAUUGGACACAUUCAAUAUGCCAUACUAUGCACCUACAACCAAGGAGAUCGAAGAGGUGAUCAAGGCUGAAGGAUCUUUUAUUUUGCAAAGCCUUGAAGUUUUCAAAAAUGAUUGGGACUCUUAUGUCAAGCAAGCUAACAGUGGCCUUGAUAAGAAGACAAGGGCUGCAAUAUUUGCCACUGACAUAAGGGCUGUGGGAGAGCCGAUUCUGGCGAGCCAAUUCGGAGAAGCACCCAUGGACGAUUUGUUUCGUAGGUUUGAAGCAGAUGUUCUUGAUCACAUGGAAAGGGAAAACUGUCAGUUCAUUAACCUGGUUAUCUCGUUGACAAAGAAGCGUUGAGAUGAAUAUUCAAGAAAUGGGGCUUAUGUUCCAGAUGCUUUGUUUAUUGUUAAGAAUAAAGUUCUUGACAUUUGGUCAUCUUUGUGUUAUUCAUACUUCGAUUUAAAACGUGUUAAAGGAAAUGGAAGGGAAGUUACUUUGGAAAGUUAUCAA